UUGCUUGAGCGAGUGGUGUUUUUCCAGUUGUAUAAGAUGAAUCGAUUUGUGGCUUUGGUCGUUGUUGUUACCCUUGGCGCUGUUUUGGCAGCUCCUCAUUCCCCGGGCUAUGCAGGUGGGUCGGUAUUAGUGAACUCUAACGCGAACGCUCUAAGUGGAGGAGGAUUUGGAUCGAUUCCAGUUGGUGGGUCCUUUGGAUCAUCUUCUAAAGCUUCAGCAAGCGCGGAGGCUAGCAGCUUUGGUUUUGGGACAAAUAGUGGAGCUGGGGCUGGUGGAUGCUGCGGAGGUUCUUUUGGAGGGUUUGAAGGAAGUUCUGCUAAUGCCGGAGCUCAAUCAGGCGCAGGAGGAGUUGGUACAUUUGGAGGUAGCUCGGCUCUUUCAAAUUCCGGAGCUCAAGCUGGGGCCGGUGGAAUUGGACACGGAUAUAUCGGAAACCCAGGAUCGAUAAGUUCUGCAAAUUCUGGAGCUCAUGCAGGUGCAGGAGGUUUUGUUCCCGGUUCAUUUGGAGGUAGUUUAGCCAAUGCAGGCGCUGGAGCUGGAGCUAGUGGUUUUGGUCACGGAAAUUUAGGAUCCAUUAGUUCAUCUAAUGCGGGAGCUCACGCAGGUGGAAGAGGUGGUGCUCCAGUGGGCUUUGGAACAUUUGGAGGUAGCUCGUCGCAAGCGAAUGCUGGAGCUGAUGCUGCCUCAGGUGGUUUCGGUCAAGGAUAUGUAGGAAAUUCAGGAUCUUUUAGUUCUUCUAACGCCGGAGCUCAAGCAGGUGCAGGCAGCUUUGGUGGAUUUGGAGGGUAA